AUGUACGAUGAAAUCAAUAUUUCAGAGAUUAUAGAAAGUAAAAAUACUCCGAACUGCCUGGAAUUAACCAAAGCUUACUCUCUGGCUGCUCUGUUAGGUCUGAUAUGUGUGCUGCCAUUCGCUUGGAGAGUCUUAGUUCACAAAGAACAGGGAAAUUGGGAUCAAGCAAUUCCAGCCUACUAUUUUGCACAUUUAGAACUAUUUCUCGGAAAUGGUUCGUUAGGAGUAGGCGUUAUGAUGCUUUUGGCUCUGACAUUAGAACGCUACGUUAGCGUAUGCCAUCCAGGUCACGCCAGACCAAUUUUGGGGUCGCCAAUUCGAGUAGUUGUAAUAAUUCCAUUAAUAACCACCGCUCUCUACAUUCCAAUAUUAUUUAGAAAUAAAGUUAAGACUUGUCAAUUGUUACCAGAAAAUAUAAUUAUAUACCAGAGGGUAGAAGACACCAAAUACUUAAAUAACCCCAUGUUUAGUGUAUACAAAGUCGUUUUAGAACUCAUUUUUAAGGUGAUUCCAGUAAUAUUACUUGCAGGCCUUAAUUUAAAAAUUUUGAUUGUCUAUCGAAAUUCAUGUGAUAAGAGGAGAAAAAUGACGUUAAGUAGAAAAACCUCUGGGGAAGAAGAUCCAAAAAAGUUCGCUGAGGAAAGAAGACUUAUUUUAUUGUUGGGAUCAACAAGCAUCCUGUUCUUGGUCUGUGUUACUCCUAUGGUUUUGUUGAAUGUCACACUGUCAUAUGCCAACUUGGUGAAAUUUUCGUAUCAGAUAUUCCGGGCCAUAGCCAACCUCCUGGAAAUCACAAACUACUCUCUAACAUUUUACAUCUACUGUUCUUUUUCCGAAGACUUUAGAAAUACUUUAUUACGGACACUUGGACUGAGUAAUACAAAUCCAAUUCGAGGCGGCGUUAAAAUCCCCCAGCCCACAGCGACGACAACUAUUACUCAGCACAAGGGGGCUUGA